UCAGUCAUUAGUCACGUGAUGUAGCGUCACAUGAUUACCAGGAAGCUGCGAUCUGUUUACCUAUGUGUCAUCCAAACACUGCGACGCGGAGCAUCUCAUGUGAUCACAUGCUUUAAUAACAUGAACCCGAACUCUGCUCCAACUUUGCCGGUGAUGUCCUCCAUCCUUCCCGCGUGAUCGUCUCCGCAUCCCGGCCAUGGCAUCUUCAGCUUACACCUGCAUCCAGGACAGCGCCACAGAGAAGGACAGGCUCCUCUCAUCCGGGACCACUUAUGGGUCCAGGGAUCUUCUUGGGGGUGUGAGCCCCCGUCCCACCAGUCUCGUGGGGUCCGGGCCCCACCAGAAGCAGGAAGAAGAGGAGGAGGAGGCACUGAGGAGGAAGCUUAAGUACUUUUUCAUGAGUCCCUGUGACAAGUAUCAUGCCAAGGGACGCAAACCCUUCAAACUGGGCCUGCAGCUGCUGAAAAUCAUCAUUGUGACUGUGCAGCUGGUGCUGUUUGGACUGAGCAACCAGAUGGUGGUGACAUUUAAAGAGGAGAACACGGCUGCAUUCAAACACCUUUUCCUGAAGGGCUAUCAGGACAACACUCCUCAGGCUGUUCACACGCAGAAGGAACUGUACAGCCACAUCUACUUUGCCAUCGAACAGUACAUAGCUCUACCUCAGAUCUCACUGGGCCGCUAUGCCUACGUGUUGGGCGUCGGGGUGAACGGAAGCGCACUCUCUCUGUGCCAGAGGUUCUACAGGAAGGGCAGCAUCGACCCCGUCAACGACACCUUUGACAUCGAUCCCCUUGUUGAAACCGAGUGUCUUGGACUGGAUCCACCGGCUUGUGGUUCCGCUCCAGGAAACAUUGACUACAGGAAUUUCACACUCAUGUUUUACAAGCUGAUCAAUGUCACAGUGGACUUUCAGCUGAAGGCGAUCAACAUUCAGACCAUUCUAAACAAUGAAAUCCCCGACUGCUACACCUUUGCUAUCACGAUCGUCAUGGAUAACAAGGCGCACAGCGGCAAAGUUAAGAUCAGUCUGCAGAAUCAGGCGUCCAUAAAGGAAUGCAAAGACCCCAACGUGUCAGGACAUGCGGAGAGCUACGCUCGGGAGUUCUUUGACGUGUUGGUGGCGUUCGUCUGUCUGCUGUCCCUGCUGCUGUGUGGCCGCUCCAUCGUCAGAGGCAUCCUCCUGCAGCACGAGUAUGUGCAGUUUUUCAAACACAAACUUGGCCGCAGUGUGAGCUGGGGAGACAGAAUGGAGUUCAUCAACGGCUGGUACAUUCUGCUCAUCAUCAGCGACAUGUUCACCAUCAUCGGCAGCUUCAUCAAAAUCGGGAUCGAGUCCAAGACUCUGUCAUCAUACGACAUGUGCGGAAUCCUGCUGGGAACCUCCACCCUGCUGGUGUGGGUGGGAGUCAUCCGCUACCUCAGCUUCUUUCAGAAAUACAACAUCUUGAUUGUGACUCUCAGAGCUGCUUUUCCAAACGUCAUCCGCUUCUGCUGCUGUGCAGCUGCUAUUUAUUUGGGAUAUUGCUUCUGUGGAUGGAUCGUGCUGGGGCCCUAUCAUACCAAGUUCCGCUCGCUGUCCAUGGUGUCAGAGUGCCUGUUCUCCCUGAUCAACGGAGACGACAUGUUUGUGACGUUCUCUGAGAUGGAGCAGAGCGGCACGCUGGUGUGGAUCUUCAGCCAGGUCUACCUUUACACCUUCAUCUCCCUCUUCAUCUACAUGGUGCUGUCCCUCUUCAUCGCACUCAUCACUGGAGCCUACGACACCAUUAUGGCCCAAACGAAGGAGGAGGUACGUGUUUCCGAUCUGCACAUGUUCAUCUCGGAGUGCAUGGACACACCCAGCUCUGGCAAGUUCCGCGGGCCCGAGGGCUCGUCGUGCUCCUUCCUCUGCUGCUGUGAAUGGUGAGGAGGAGGAAGUGGAUGCACAGAGAGAAUAAGCAGUGUGUGUGUGUGCGUGUGUGAGAGAAAGGGCACGGGACUCUUGAUUUUUUUCCCCCCUCUCUUUAAAGCACGAUAUUUCCACUCCAGUGACAGCCCGCCACAAUUGCACUCAUUUUCCAGAUACCCUGCAGGGACGAUAAAUGCCUUGAGAGUGCACAGCCUGACCUUGGACCACGUCGUCCUCUGUAGUGUUUGAAUUUUGCAUUUAAAUUUGUGCUGGAAGGAUAGAAUGCACUGCACUGUCACAAGGCCAAUUACCUGCUUUUUUACUGUAUGAAUAAUUUAUUGUAUCUUCCUGAAAUGUCAGUUAGUUAGGGCUUUGAUGACUAGAAGCAUUAUGCCAGUAAACAUAUUUAUUGCUGUAGACUGGACUCAGGGUCCACUAAGUAAAAUAGAUUCACAUUAUCACUUGAAUGACCCACAAUGUACAGGCUUUUAUUAUUUUAGUGUCCACAUGUCUACCAUGGUUUUGUGCCUGUUGAUUAUGUAUAUAUAUGUAUGUCUCUAAAUCCUCAUAGCAGAAAUAGAAUAGACACGAGACAGCUAGGCAAGCUGAAAAAAGCUGAUUAACUGCUGUAUAUAUGCAUCAGCAUCUGCAAGAUUUUCAGUCAAGGCUGUUCCUCCACUCCUGAUUUCAUUCUUCGCUCUCCUCAUCCCCUUUGUUCGUGUCCUCCUCUGAGGGAGAUGAUGGCUGCACCAGGAAGGACGAGCCCUGCAGCCAACCAGUUAGUUAUCAAUAUGUAUGAACUGUUCCUGUUGGAGAGCCAGAUGACUGUGCUAAUGCACUGUGACGCAGAGCCUUUUUACUGUUUGCUUUAAAGUGCUUUGUGCAAGGCUGCAAAAUAAUGUUUGACUACAAAAUGUUACAAUAUUCCAGACGGGAUGAAACAAAGAUGUGAAUUAGAGAUCUCUGCAUCAACCAUGGACAGAAAAAACUUUUGUUUUAUAGCUUUAUUGUGUAGGUGAAAUUAGGCAAAAAAAAAGGGUAUGAUCAAACUUAGCAACAAGACUCUUGGCUGUCAGACUUCCAGACUUCCAAGCAGGUCCAAUGACGAGCAUCCUCAACGUUUAUUUUAUUAAUUUAGCAGUAAGAAAUUACGAGACAUAGAUCUUUUUUUACAGUGCACAAGCACACUUCUAAUCCAUAAUUUUUUAAGAAUGAUCAUCUGCAUUCACAGGCACAUACAGCUGAGUGUCAUCAGUAGAACUAUAAUUUGGCCAUUAAAUGUGAAAAGGGAAAAGCAGUGGGCCAUGAACAGAGCCCUGAGGUACUACAUUUUAAUGUAGUCUUAUUAUAGUAAGUUUCUAUUCAGUAUACCAGCUUGUAGACCUCUUUGACUGUUUUGUUUUGGUGGAAAGAGGUGCAACCAAAUCCAGGAAGACUAGAAAGGGCUCGGCAUAAGUCAGUGGUACAACUUUUAACAAGUCUUGUGGCUGCGGGUAAAAAGUCAAAUGCAGUUAGGGUUGAAGGAUCCACGUGUAAAUACAUCAGCACCAACAUUAUAUAGAUGUUGGUAUAGCAUCAGAAUUGAGUUUUCCAUUCCAAACAGGAAAAGUUGGUACAUUAGCACACCAGCUAGCCUUAACUAGCUGUCACUGCAGUUUGGGGGGGUUUUCAGUUCAAAUGAAUUUAUCAUGCGGUUUUUUCCUCUUAAGAAAUGACACAAUUCUAUCUUACCUUAUUUUGACCAAGUGUGUAGUUACUGUAUUUUGGCUUUGUCCUCUUAGUUGGCAUGUAAGCAGCUUAGAGAGUUGUGUCUUGUGUAUUUUAUAUAAAGACUUGGACACUGUCAGUGCACUGACAUUGAAGACAGGCGUCACAGGUCUUAUUUGCUUUUUCUGUGAACGAGCGAGGGCAUUUUAAUAAACCAGCAGUUCUUCAUUUUCUUUCUGUAAAGAGAAAUUCUCUUCAGAAUAUCAGUCUUAUUAUAGAAACUCAGUGAAUUGGGAAAGUCAUCCCAGCAUGCUGUGUGGAAACAAAUGAAGGUCACUGUUCAAUGCAAAAUGGAUGUUCUCUGCACAAACACUGUAUCAGGACUAAGCAGUACAUGUUUAAUAGCUUACUGACAGCUUGACUUUAAAUGAAUAUUGUUUACGAUCACAGCAAUGUGUUUCUUUUAAUGAACGUUUGUUUACACUUACUUAUUUGCACGUAAUAAAGAUGUACUGUCCGCACAGCUUCAUCUGAUUUAAGUGGAUCACAUGGGAGCUGUAUAGCACAAAGGAGCAAAGCACUGUAUAUUUAAUGCAUCUGUUAUUGUUCUCCUGACACCUGUGGGAAGGUUCUCUAAUGCUACCUUGAUUUAAUGGUAACGGUAAUGGUUAUUGCUCUCUACAUUUGUGUCUUUAUAUUUGGUAUACUGUCUUAAUUAUUUUACUUUUUUGAUUUUUUUUAAGAAGCAGAUAGCUAAAGGGAGUUUGUUAGUGUUUGUAUAGGAGGAACUUGUACAGGUUUUUACUCCCAUUUGUACUGAAUCUUUUCUGUGAAGAUGCCACCUUCUCACUGAAAGUAUGUGUCUGCAAAAUAAAAAAAACAGGAAAGACUCUGA